AUGGCUGCCUUGCCUGUGCUACAGGUGCUUUUCCUGCUUGCCGCCCUUGACCUGACAGUGGCUCUGCCAGGCAGGUCUUCUCAGCCCCUCCUGACAGGGGCAUCUGCCCAGUACGCAGGGGCAUCUGCCCAGUACGCAGGGGCAUCUGCCCAGUACGCAGGGGCAUCUGCCCAGUACGCAGGGGCAUCUGCCCAGUACGCAGGGGCAUCUGCCCAGUACGCAGGGGCAUCUGCCCAGUACGCAGGGGCAUCUGCCCAGUACGCAGGGGCAUCUGCCCAGUACGCAGGGGCAUCUGCCCAGUACGCAGGGGCAUCUGCCCAGUACGCAGGGGCAUCUGCCCAGUACGCAGGGGCAUCUGCCCAGUACGCAGGGGCAUCUGCCCAGUACGCAGGGGCAUCUGCCCAGUACGCAGGGGCAUCUGCCCAGUACGCAGGGGCAUCUGCCCAGUACGCAGGGGCAUCUGCCCAGUACGCAGGGGCAUCUGCCCAGUACGCAGGGGCUGUACACGGGGGCAGCACUGUGUGCUGCCUGAGGGACAGUGCCAUGUUUUCUGCCCUGAUAGGUCCAACGGGCGCUCCUCCAAGCGGAGCCUUGGAGGGCAAGGCCGGCACCAUUACCUCUAACGAGUGGAGCUCUCCUAACUCCCCCGAGGGGAGCAGUGUCUCUGGGGGCAGUCAGGCACUGGACAAGCCCAUCGACAACGAUGCGGAGGGUGUGUGGAGCCCUGACAUCGAGCAGAGCUUCCAGGAGGCCCUGGCCAUCUACCCGCCCUGUGGCCGGCGCAAGAUCAUCCUGUCGGACGAGGGCAAGAUGUACGGUCGAAAUGAGCUGAUUGCCCGCUACAUCAAGCUCCGGACAGGGAAGACCCGCACCAGGAAGCAGGUCUCCAGCCACAUCCAGGUGCUGGCUCGUCGCAAAGCCCGCGAAAUCCAGGCCAAGCUGAAGGUAAGACAAGCGAGGGACCUUGGGCACAGAUGGGGAGGGCCACAGUCCCUUGGAGCUGCAGCCCGUCUCCUGAUGCGCCUCACCAGCUCCAGCUCAGAGCAGCCGGAGCGCCCUCCAGACCCCUUUCCUUGA